UAGCAAUGACAUAGUUUAUUUGUUGUUUUUCAGUUCUUGGUUUGCAUCUGUUUAUUAUUUAUAUUCUUACCAAAUAGAGUAUCAUAUUGAUUAAUCUAUUAUUUGUUGGGAUUUUCAAACAAGUUGUUGAGAUUUUAAUAGGCCUAGGUAUUUUCAGUCAUUGAAUUAGCUAAGGCCUACUCUGUACAAUUACAAAUUGAUUAUGCUUUCAUAUCAUUUGAGCAAGACACCUAACAGAAUGGCCGAGCCUAGGCACAGAGAGAACAUUCAAGUGUUUGUCAGGGUCAGGACCAUCAAUUCGAAAGAAAAGGCAGAGAAUGGCUACUCUGUUAUCGACUGCUGUGACCAAGAGGUUGUGGUUCGAGACUCGGUCACUCGAGCAAAACUCAAGACGUUCACCUAUGACAAGGUUUUCAACCCCAAAAGCAAACAGUUCGAUGUAUACAAAGAUGUUAUGCAGUCGCACAUCGAAGAGGUGCUGUCUGGAUAUAACUGCACAGUUUUUGCCUACGGACAGACCGGAACUGGAAAAACCUACACUAUGGAAGGAGAAAAGUCCAGUGAAGUCACAAAUUGGCAAGAGGAUCCAAAGGCUGGAAUAAUUCCACGUGCGCUGAGUCAAAUCUUUGAUGAGCUGCAAAACAAGCAUUCGGACUAUGCGAUACGUGUCUCUUUCCUGGAAUUAUAUAAUGAAGAGUUAUUUGACCUUCUUUCUCCAGUUGAUGAUACAACAAAGCUACGGCUUUUCGAAGACAGUAGCAAGAAGGGAUCUGUCAUUAUAAAAGGCCUAGAAGAAGCCACUGUCACAAACAAGGAUGAGGUAUACAAGAUAUUGGAAAAAGGAUCGGCCAAAAGACAAACCGCCUCCACUCUAAUGAAUGCUCAGUCCAGCCGAUCGCACACGAUCUUCUCGGUGACAGUGCACAUAAGGGAGGACGACUACGUGAAGGUGGGCAAGCUGAACCUGGUGGACCUGGCGGGCAGCGAGAACAUCGGCCGGUCGGGAGCGAUCGACAAGCGCGCGAGGGAAGCGGGAAACAUCAACCAGUCGCUGCUGACGCUCGGCCGUGUUAUCACCUGCCUUGUCGAGCGCUCGCCGCAUAUCCCCUACCGAGAAUCAAAACUGACUCGUCUAUUGCAAGACUCGCUUGGAGGCAAAACGAAAACGUCGAUUGUGGCGACCAUUUCUCCGGCCAACACCAACAUUGAAGAAACGCUCAGCACCUUGGAGUACGCGCAUCGCGCCAAGAACAUUCAGAACAAACCUGAGGUCAACAAGGUCCUCACUCAGAAGAAUAUUCUCAAGGAAUACAAUGAGCAAAUCGAGCGACUGAAACGAGAUUUGAAGGCUGUUCAGGACAAAAGUGGAAUAAUAAUUUCUGAGGAGAACUACCAGCAUAUGAUGCAGCAAAUCGGAAGUCAAGAGGCGGAACUGGUCGAGAAAAUGAAUGAAAUCAAAGCUUUGGAGGAAGAGAGAGAUAGACAGUCGCGAAUCAUGGAACACUUUGAAACUUUACUGAAAGAGAAACAGGCAGAGCUGGAGAGUGUGAAUGAAGUGUUGAUCAAAACUGAGACGGUCAAAAAAGAAAUAACAGAACAAGCAAAAGAACUGCAAGAGGUGGUCAAGGUCACAUCCAAACAUACGGAACUGCUUCAUGAUAAAUUGGACAGAAAAGCUAAGUUAGACUUGCAGAAUGCCGAAGCUCUUGCGAAAUAUAAGUCAGAGUUCAACAAAUAUUUCAAAGAAUUAGGAAAACUGCACACUGCUUACUCUCAAGCUGACGAUGCUCUUACUGAGGAACAAAAUAAGUUCUUGGAACGACUAGCUGAAAAAGAUGAAGAAAUAACCAAAGAUUCCUAUCAAACGUGUGCUGCUAUUGAGGAAAAGAUGACUGAAGCUAUUUAUAGGAUUGAAAACCUGAUGACCAAAAAUCUUAAUAAAUCGAUUGAUUGGAUGAAAAUUUUGGAAGAAACUAUGCAAGAAGUCUACGAGAGAGAAAACAAUGACUUCAUAAUGUAUAUUGAACAAACUGCUGUACCUUUAGUAUUCACAAUUAUUGAAUUCAAAGAAAAGAUGAUGGCGGACGUUUCCCAGCUAGAAGCUGUAAAUAAUGAUGGUAUUGAUACAAUGCAAUUGGACAGUGAUAUGAAGAGAGAGAUGCUCGCUCAGUUGAAAGAUGACCAAGUAGCAGUGAAGGGAGCAAUCGAUGCAGUUGCCAGUCAAUUAAUCACUUUGCAAACAAAACAUCAUCAACUCGCCUCAAAUUACGAUCAGCAAAUGAUGAAAACAAAUCAGUUGAUGGGUGCCAUAAAUGAAUCUAACAAAAGAAGGAGACAGCUAGACAUUGACUUGGUUAAACAAAAUAGUUCUCUGGAUGAGAAAGAAAAGUGUCUGAUUGAAAGUUUCACCAACUUCUCCUCUUUCAUGGAAGAAAAAAUGGCUAGUUUUGGAGAAAUGAUAGAAGAUGCUGAAAGGCAUAGGAAGGAGAAAAUCGAAGAGGCUCAGCGGCUAUGUCAAGAAUAUGAAACUCAAAUCGAUGAUGGGCGAUCACUGUACAUGGAGGAUAUUGUUUGCUACAGACGUGGUAUAGCAGAAAAGCUGAAAUCGUUUACGAGCUCACAGGCUGACAUGAUUUCUUCCUCUUCUCAGAUGAUUUCUUCCAUUGUAAGUGAUGGAAAAUCUGAUUUGUGUGAAUUGACUGCUGCAAACGAAGAGACAAAGUUGCUGGUCGAUUCAGUGGCUAACAAAUUGCACGAGUUUGAAGAAAAACUGACUGCAAUACAAAUGUUGGCGCAGAAAAGCGCUGAAGAGCUAGUUAAUAUGAUGAAAGAGCACAACAGCACUUUGAAAGAAACGUCCGAACAAGAAAUCAAAGAAAUUAUGGAUGGUUUUGACUCGUUCAGUUCAAGCUUGACGAAUUUCUUGAAAAAUAAACUACUUGUGACACCAGCUUCAGGUGACACCCCAAAGAGAGAAGAUAUACUGAAGAUCACAGAAGAGGCUGGAGUCGAAAUUGAUGAUGUUGACUCAAUCCCAAGUACGAUUGGGUUGCGUCCGCCAAGUCAAAUACAAACUUACAAGGAAAAGGAGAACGUAAAAGAGUCUAAAAUAGGAAAGGCUAAUACUGCAGUACCUCGAACGACGAGGAUUUUGGAAGAAAUUAACAACUAAUGAUCUCAUUUUUUAUUAGAAAAAUUGAAACUUGUGAGAUGAUCUUCAAAACUGUUUUUGCCAUUCGUAUUUUUCUUCUAUAUUCUAUUCACCAUAUUAUGUUGUUUACAGCAUGGAUACUUUCAAGUUUCUCACACUUUUCUUUACUUAAUCAAAUAAUAAUACAUUGUAUAACAAUUUUAUAAUAAUUGUUCAAUUGAAUGUUAAAUCAAUUAUUGAUAUGUAACUACUUCUAUUUUUAGAUAAUCCUUUAUUAUUGUAUGGUGAUUAACUUCCAAUUACUACCGUGCAUGUACAAUCUGCUGAAAUAAGUAAUAAGUUUAUAUUGUAAAAAUAAGUAUUUUUAUGACUUGUCAUAAUUUUUAUAAUUUGACUUAUAUUUUCAUGUAUUCUCUUAUUAUAAUUUUUUUAUUCACUUAUUGUUGUAAUUGUAUUGAUUAAUGAAUAUUAUAGGGAUGUUAUAGUUCUUCAAUAUUAUCAGAUAAUCUCAUAUUAAGAAAGUACCUUAUAUUGUGUAAAAAAUUAUAUUUUUAUUAAAAUACUUUUAUCUACCUAUAAUGAUUGGGUAAUCAUUAA